GCUCCCGUCCAACCACCACAAGUGGGUCCCGAAACCUCAGAGCCCAGUGAUGACCGCAUUGAAGUUGCUGAAGUGGAGGCUGCUUUUGAAAGUUUCGAGGAAGAAUUAAUGGUACAAGUUUGUCGACAGAUCUCUCCGUUGGGAAAGUGCGUUAUCCUGUCUAACACCAGUGUGGCAUUCACGAACACAACCACUAACACUUCACAACGUCCACCGGCUCCUCGUGGCAGUUUUCACUCUCCGCUGUUCAGUUUUGGCGAUAGUAUCAAUGUGGAUAGUGAAGUUCAUCAGCUCAUUUUGUCCAAUAAUCACACACCAGAUUCUGUUCGCGCAUCCGGCAGUCGACUCCCUCGUCGUAUUGUUGUCCCGCGUACCGUAAAUGCUACUCAGUCACCGUCCUCUCAAUUGAUCCGACGCACCUGGCGAUCUUUGUUUCCCACACAAGGUAAUUCAGGAGGUGAAGCAGAUCGCGUAUCCCAGUCUUUGGAGAGGCCACGCAGCUCCUCGGCCGAGUCAAGAGCCAGCGGCGGUCUUCGUGAGAGAGAAAGUAGCGAUAAUUUUCUUGCUGAUGAAGAAGAGGCGGAAGCUGCCGCGGAAACAGCGGAGGAUGACUCGAAUGAGAUGGACUCAAGUCGUUAA